AUGUUGAGCAUAAAUUGCGCCUGUACUGACAAGGCAUUGAUUUAGGCUAGGUAGCUUGUAACCCAUGUGGUUGUAUCAGUUCGAUAGCGGGAAUAUUUGUGGAAAUGUAGCUGAGAGAAACAGCCUUGUAGACUAGUCACUGUAACACAAUGUUGCGGCAUUUUGCGUUUGUACUGCAGAAGGUUAACAAUGAUAUGGAAUUAUGUUUACUGUGGAAAUCUUGAUUGCUUCAUUCACAUUUUUGCCCUGUAAAGUAUUGUGUUUUUGUGGUGUGCUUUCAAAUCUGCACAUUCUUGAAAUUAUCGUGCAUCAUCUCUCUUUAUUUUCAUCCUGCUGUUGUACCAGCCAAGGAACAAUUUAUUUCUAAUGCUAUGAGUAGCAUAGCACGCAGUAUUGCGUGGCAAACGCGUAGGAUUGCCGCAGGAUUCACACCAAUUGUGCAACGAGUGGGUGGUUUAAAGGCACACCUAUUACAAAAUACUGAGGGAUGAUUAAUCAUUAUCAUCAGCAACAGCGUCAACAGAGUGUCCCACUGUGUAUGUCUCAGCAUGGUUGAAGUGUCCACUGAAGCGAAGCCUGGCUGGCGAAUGAGAAGGCGACAUGAACAGGGCCUGAUGAUGUUAUCACAUUCUACUCUUGAAGGCGAAGCUCAAGUGUCCUCCAAGUUUUUCUGUUUUGUCAUCAUGACUUUAUUCAAGCAAUAUAAAAAUGUUAUCUGCAAGUGGGUAAACUGUGCUUGUACAUAUUGAGAAUGAAGUAAUUGUGCUCUGUUCAGAAGUGUUCCUGCAUUUUUUUCGUCAAGAAAUGUGAUGCUAUUGUUAUCGUUCUAACUGCUUUGUUCUUUGUUGUAUUUUCCACUUUCUGUCAUAUUCACUUCUUUCACUUACAUUUUGCCCUGUAAGGCCCAUGUGUUCAAAUAUCGUUUCCUGCAUUGUACAGAUUCUUUUAUGCAAGGAAACAGUGCAAUAGUUAGUUAAAUGGUUUAUGCAUACCAUAGUGGCACAUACAGAAAUAAUUUUGGCUUUUUAUAUAUAUCUGAAUUGCUUCCAAAUCGGACGUCUAUGUAUCGGCAGCAGGUGUUCUCAUGUAUAUGUUCUAGUAUUUAUGUGGAGACAGCUGGGAACUUGGAGAGAGAUGUAUGGAGUUAGAGUACUGUUACCACAUCAGUAACUUGUUUGGGUAGGCCAAGGGUAUCACAGUUAUGUGUGUGGCAAUUCUUCCUUAUUUUCUGGGGCUGCAGCCAUGUAGUUAUAUAGUCAUGUGCACUGCCAUAUAGUCCACUGCCAUGUAGUUUGUGGUACAUAGUAAGCGUUGCCUUUCUAUGCUUCCUAUGACAUUGCAGGUUCCUUGUCUUUGGUAUCGCUGAAGCAGUCCCCUUCAUUGGAACUGCAUUCCUGCCAGCACUGCAGCUAUGUGACCAAGAAAAGGGGAUCUAUGAACAGACACCUUCGCAUACACACGGGCGAAUACCCCUUCCAGUGCCACUUGUGUGCAGCUGCAUUCACUGAGAACUCCAAACUCGUGGCUCAUUUGCGCACCCACACAGGAGAACGUCCCUAUUCCUGUGCUCACUGCAAUGCAUCCUUUUCAGUCAGUGGGGCCCUCAAGACCCACAUGCGCACCCACACAGGAGAGCGUCCCUUUCCCUGUGAGCACUGCGAUGCAUCAUUUUUGCAGAAAACUCACCUCAUUACCCACAUGCGCACCCACACAGGAGAGCGUCCCUUAUCCUGUGACCACUGCAAUGCGUCAUUUGCCCAGAAAGCGCACCUCAUUAGCCACAUGCGCACCCACACAGGAGAGCGUCCCUUCUCCUGUGACCAGUGCAAUAAGUCAUUUUCGCAGAAACCACACCUCAUUAACCACAUGCGCACCCAUACAGGAGAGCGUCCCUUUUCCUGUGACCACUGCGAUGCGUCAUUUUUGCAGAAAACGCACCUAAUUACCCACAUGCGCACCCACACAGGAGAGCGUCCUUUUUCCUGUGACCACUGCGAUGCAUCAUUUUUGCAGAAAGCACACCUCAUUACCCACAUGCGCACCCACACAGGAGAGCAUCCCUUAUCCUGAGUCUACUGCAGUGCAUCCUUUACACAUAAAAAAUGCUCAUCGCCACAUGUGCUCCCACACAGAAAAGCGUAUAUAGAACUGAAAAAAAUUUAUUCAUGCUCACGUGAAUAUGUAUAAAGCAUUCAUUUUAAGGGGUGGCAACAAGAUUGUUAGCAGGAAAGUUAUGCAAAGCAUGCAUCCUGAACGCUAAACAAAAGAGUGUGUACUGUAAGUAAUGUUCUAGAUGAAUGGUUGGUGACAAGAGAUUGUGCAGUAUUGCUUCAGUAAACAUGUUAUAUAGCAACACCGUGGAACUAGAAUUAGAAGGAAAUGUGAAAAUUCUGUGGACUAAAUAUCUUCAUGCAUCCUCGAGGUGAGUGUAUGCACAAAAUAAGACUGACUUCUGAAAAUGUGCCGAGCAUCAUCAUGCUAUGGAUUUCAGAAAGCAAACUGUCAGCAUUGUGAUACAUUAAGCGUAUUAAUGUACUUGCUUACAUCCCGGAAAUUAAUAAACAUUUUUUCCCCCA